AUGAACACAGAACAGUCAGGAAGUUUCUCAGGCAACGGGAAUCCAAGAUCAGUUGAUGUAAUAACGAAUGGUGAAAAAGCCAUGGAGGGACAAAAGCAGAAGCAGGAAUUGGUACAAGAGUCAGAGCAUGGAAAUAGUGAGCACGAAGAUAAUCUUCGCGAGUUGAAAGAUGCAUCAAGUGAAAAUACUAGCGAGGCACUCGAAUCAGAAAAACAUGAUAGUGUUGCUGCUUCAGCGGGUUCAUCUCCUCCACCAAGUAGUGCUGCCCCUGACGAACUUCAUUUGGAUACGGAUACCAAAAGUAAUUCAGAAGCUGAUAAUAAAGAAUCGGAUGAGGCUAAAAUGGAUUCUAGCAACGAGGCUGCUGAUUCUAAAGAAGGUAGUAAAAAUUAUGGUGAUGAUGAUGAAGAUGGGGAUGAUGGGGAUGACGAUGAUGGCGAAGAUGACGAUGAUAAUGACAAAACAGAUGCAGACGAAACAGAAGGCGAAAUGGAAAAAAAGGAAGAUGGUGAUAUUUCAGAUAAGGCAGAUGAUAAGACUACAGGUGUUAACGAUAUAAAGGAAGAAGGAAAUGCAAAACGUGUUUUGCCGAAAUGGAUGGUUCAGGAUGCUGAUGCACCUCCAAGUCCGAAAGAUGGGAUGGAUGAAGAUGAUGCUACUGUAACAGUCAUUGAGAAUAAGCCAAUUGGCCAUGUUCGUGGACGAGGUCGUGGUAGGAGAGGUCGUGAAGUUACACGCGCGGUGGCCAAGCCUUAUAAUGAAGUUAAUGUGGAGCAGUCAGAAUCGCUUUCAACUGGUCGUCCCCGUCGCUCGACUCGUUCUAAUGUUGAUUAUGCUCAUCCUGAUGUUGCAACUGUUGUAGCUGAGCAAGAAGAUCUAGAAAAUGAACUUCAGCAGAAAGUCAAUCGAGGUCGCGGCAGGGGCCGUGGUCGUGGUCGUGGUGGACGCACUUCUGGUCGUAAACGAGCAACUGCUGGGAGUGAUGAUGGAGAAGACAGUGGUUCCGAAUAUGGUACACCCAAAAAACAAAAACGGACAGGAAAUAGCGGUUCUCGUGGACGAGGGCGGGGUCGUGGUCGUGGAAGACCGCCAGCCCGUGGGAAAAAAAGUAGUAAAGAGGAUAGUGAUAAUGAUGAUGAAGAGAUGGAUUUCUCAGAUGACGCAGUUGGCUCAGUUGGUUCUGGUGAUGAUUCUUACAAGCCGGCACCUUCUAAACGGCGUGCGGCUGCUAUUGAAGCUAACUCUCCUAGAAUCCCCCCUAAAAAACGCGGUCGUGCUGCGACAACUAAAGCACUUUAA